UUAGAGCACAUUGCCUAAAAUUGAGGUUUCCACGCACACAGUGACGCCGUAGCCAUGCAUCCGUUUAACUUGGAGGACAUGCUUCGUCGGGUCGAGUCGCCUCUCUUCUGGGUCGGCGCAUUUACCGUGGCCUCGUUGGCGUUGUGGUUGCUCUACAGACUGCUCUCAGGUUUUCGGAUUUGGGUCUUGGGAAAUGGGCAGCUGCUCUCGCCGAAGCUGGGCAAAUGGGCAGUUGUUACAGGGGCUACGGAUGGAAUUGGGAAAUCCUAUACGGAGGAGCUUGCCCGUAGAGGAUUUGCCUUGAUGCUGAUCAGCCGCUCCCAGGACAAGCUAGAUGACGUGGCCAGGUCACUUGAAGAGCAGUUUAAAGUGGAAACCAAGACGAUUGCAGUGGACUUCGGUAGAACUGACAUUUAUCAGAAGGUCGAGGCAGGGCUUGCAGGUCUAGAGAUUGGCGUUCUCGUUAACAAUGUUGGUGUGUCCUACCCCUACCCUGAGUACUACCUUCAAAUUCCUGAUCUGGACAACUUCAUCACAAAUAUGAUCAACGUCAACAUGACCUCAGUGUGCCAGAUGACGCGUCUUGUGCUGCCCAGAAUGGUGGAGAGGUCCAAAGGCGUCAUCCUAAACAUCUCCUCUGCCAGUGGCAUGUAUCCUGUGCCCCUGCUCACAGUGUACUCUUCCACAAAGGCCUUUGUGGACUUCUUUUCCCGUGGCCUUCAGGAGGAGUAUAGGCGUCAGGGCAUUAUCAUACAGAGUGUGCUACCCUUUUUUGUUGCCACCAAGAUGACCCGUAUCAGGAAGCCCACCCUCGACAAGCCCACCCCAGAGCGCUACGUGGCUGCCGAGCUCACUACCGUGGGCCUGCAGAGCCAGACCAACGGCUACUUUCCCCACGCCGUCAUGGGUUGGCUGACCACCAAGCUGGUGCCCAUCAGCCUUGUCAUCUUCUUCGGUGCCAGGAUGAACCGUCUGCAGCGCACUGGGUAUCUGCGAAGGAGGAAACUGCGGGAGCAGAAAAACGGCACAAGCCUGAAGAGUGAAUAGGAUUUUCCGUAAAAUGUCAGCCACUACUGUGAUGUUACUGGUCUCGAGUGGAAUAGGGGUUUGACAAAUUUGCUACCAACAAAAUGUCUG